AUGAUCCACAUCGGCCUCCUCCUCUUUCCCGACGUGCAGCAGCUCGACAUCAUCGGGCCUCACGAGAUGCUCACCGGCUUACCUGGCGUACAAACACACAUGGUAUGGAAGGAUCUCUCGCCCGUCCGCGCAUCGACUGGACUGGCCAUGCUGCCCGACACGUCGUUUGACUCGUGUCCUCCUCUCGACGUACUCGUUGUCCCUGGCGGAAUCGGAAUCAACCCCCUCCUCACCGACCCCGAUGUCGUCGUGUGGCUUCGCAAGACGGCAAAUUCAGGUAUCAAGUAUGUGACGUCGGUGUGUACGGGGUCGCUCCUGCUGGCGUCGGCGGGGCUGCUGAGGGGUCGCCGCGCAACGUCCCAUUGGCGGUUCCGGGAUAUCUUGGUUGAGGGCGGGGCUGUGCCGGUUAAAGAGAGGAUCGUGACGGAUCGCGAGGGGAAAUAUGUCGUGAUGAGUGGAGGCGGUGUUACGGCCGGCAUCGACUUCGCUCUCGCCCUCGCGGCAGAACUCGUGGGAGACGAUGCAGCAAUGGGGAAACAGCUGUAUCUCGAGUAUGCGCCGGCGCCACCGUUCGAUUCCGGCGACCCAGAUACCGCCCCAAAGAGGAUUGUGGAGGCGGCGAUCAAGGCGACAGAGGCGAAUGUGGUCGCGCGUACCGAGGGGGUGCGGGCUGGUGUGGCCAUGACGGCCAAGCUCGAGGCCGAGGGCAAGUAG